UAAUUGUGUGCGUGUGCGACUCCGAAUGUUUUUGGUUUCUUAUUAUUAUUAACAAAAAACAAGUGACCCAGAAAUAUGAGUGAAUCGCUUGCAGAAACUGCAGCUGCAGCGGAAAAUGAAGAGCAGGCCGACGACUCGAUGGAAAAGCUGGUCUUCGACGAGGAAGACGAGCAGAUGGUCUCCGGCGAAGAUUUACUGGGUGGCAAGAGUUUGAUGAUGUCGGAUGACAGCGAAACCGAAGAUGGAACCCAGGAAAAGGCCCUAAAGGUAUCACCCAAGAACAGGCGGCGAAGGAUGAUGGACAGUGACCAGAAGGAUGAACCCCUAGAGCAAGGAAAGGAUGAUUCCACAAAAAACAACGAAGAUGUGGAGGAGAAGAUGGUUUCCAGGCCGAAAAAGAAGGUAUCCGCCAUCAUAGAUUCGGAUAAUGAUGAAGAGCAGCAGGCGGACAAAAAGACGCGGAAGGAGGAGGAGAAGCAACCCGUCAAAAAAAGCAAGAAGAAGCAAUCCCAGGUGGAUGACGACCAGGAGGAGCAGGAGAAACCUGUUAAACCUAAUAAGACAAAGAAGGCGGUAAAGAAUAAGAAGCUGACCCAAGCAGACAAGGUGGAGGACGACCAAGAUAACUCUUCCAAGGAGGGCAAACCAAAAAAAGUGGUCAAAAAUAAGAAACAAACGGCUAAAGAGGAUAAAUCCCAAGCAAACGAAGAGGACGACCACCAUCAGCAGGAUGAGAAACCUGCAAAGACACAAAAGUCAAAAAAGUUGUCCAAGAAACAGAUGCAACCAGAGGAUGAAAAGGAGGACAAUGGCACUGCACAGGAUAAGAAGAAACCUCCACCAAAAUCAAAAGCAAAAAAGUCCGUCAAAUCUAAAAUAGAUUCCCAAUUAGACAAAGAGGAGGAUCUGCAAAUGGACGUGGAUGAAGACCCUAAAAUUGACCAAGAAGAUCAGGAGACUCAAAAGCAGAAGAAAUCAGCCAAGAAAAUUAACAAGGACAAUAAGGAAAAGUCAGGUGGAGACCAGGAACACCAAGAGCAAAAGAAGGCACCCAAGAAAAACAAGAAAAUUAAUUCGGAUAAUAUAGACACCAUCGAUGAUAAGGAACAGAUAGUUAAGCCAAAAAAGCUGACCAAGAAAAUCAAAAAGAAAGUACUGAGCGAUGACGAGUCAGAGGAAAAUCACGAUGAUGAGGUGGAGGAUCAGACUCUCAAGAAAAUGGGCAGUGAAAACAAGCCAGACAUGGGCAGCGAUAAGGAAGACCAGGAAAUGCAGGAACCUCCCAAAAAAGCAAAGAAAAGUAAGCAACGAAUGGACAGUGAAAGCGAAGAUGAAAUUCCGAAAACCCAAAGCGAAGAAGAAACCAGUUCACCCAAAAAUAAACUGAAAGGGUUGGUGGACUCCGAAUCUGAACCGGAAGAAGCUGCUGCGGAAGUAAGUCCCGUCAAGAACAAACUUAAAGGAUUGGUGGACUCGGAAUCGGAAACAGAGCUAGACAAUCCAGAGGAAUCUGCAGGAGAACAGGAAGCGCCCAUUGAAAGCGCUCUCUCCAGAGAGAAACCUAAGAAGCCCAAAGUUGUUCGCGAAUCAGCUAAGAAAGCGCUGGAGGGGAUGCAGGCCAUCCAAAGUGAACAGCAGCGUUUGCACCGCGAGGCACACAUCAAUGUGCCCUAUCAUCAGCCGAAACCAAGGACACUGAAGGAGUUUCUUAGCCGACGAACCAUCAACGCUCCACUGGCCACGGCUCUGGCUGGAGGAAGUCCCAUGCCCAGCAGGCAGCCAAGGAAGUCAGUGGGACUGCGGAUGACCAGGGAGGAAUUGGAGGCUUAUGCAAAACUUAUGGAGGAUCGCGCCAAAGAAGCUACUGAGUUCUUUAAGUCUGAAUCAGAGCCAGAUGAGGAGGAUGAUUCGGAGAACGAAGAACCUAUGGAAUUAAAAGACAAUCCAGGUGUUAUGGAUGAGAGGCUGGAUAAUCCAAAAACUCCAGAAGAGCCCAAGAACGACACAGAGGACAUGACCAGCCAAGCAGUUAUUGAGGAACCUGUCCUGGAUGAAGAUAAUCCCGUCGGGGAAGAAGCAUUGGUGGCAGAUUCUAUUAAUGAAGAAGAACCCAUUCCCUCCACCUCUACUGCAGCUGCCCUAAAUAUCGCAGAUAACUUGGAAAGUCAUCAAGAGACUAAUACGACAUCCCCCAGCAAAGUCUGUCUGGUUACAGAAGUGGUGGAACUGCCCAAGCUGGACUUGAGCACCAUCAAUAUAACACCGCCCUCUAAGCCAGCAACUCCUAAGAUCAGCGAAGUUAUUCGCCGGCUGAAGAUUGAGAAGAGCUUAGAUGAGAGCCCUUCGCUGAAAGGGGAUCCCAACAUGGUUAUUGAUCUGGAAACGGGUGAUAUGUUCGCCAAAAAACCAACUGGUGUGGAUGAUCUGCUAAACCGUCUGAUGAAAACGCGAGAAGCUAAAAAGCACAAGACCACAGAGACUGUCAACAUCCUAACCACUGAACAUGGCAAGCUGGAGAUGUCCAAGGUGAGCAUUCACCUGCAUGAAGAGGAAAUUGCAAAAGAACCGAAACCCGGAGCGGGUUACUUGAAAAUGCAGGAGCAUCUAAAAACCCUGAUCACUAAGAAACGCAUGGAGGACCUGCGCAAGAAGCAGGCUGAAGAACAGGAGAAAAUGGCAGAAGAUGAGGAGGAAGGCAUGGAUGUGGAUGAGGAGUACGAACCGGAAGAUAAACCUGGUUAUGCAGAAGUAACUAUAAAUGAAGACGAGGAAAUCAUAGAUAAGGUUGAUAGCAUUGCUGAGGAUGAUGACGAUGCUGAAGAAAACAAAAACGAUGCAGACGAAGACCCCGAAGACAAUCCAGUUGAAGACAUUGAGAAUGAGGAAAAUGACAGUGAAAGUGAGCAGGAAUGUGAAGCGGACCCACAGCCAGAAACGCAAACCAGAAAGAAGAACCGCAUCAUUAAAGCCUUCGAGGACGACAACUCCGAUGAAGAUGAUCUCGACCUGCUGCAGACUCCGAAGCCAAGCAAUGUUGCUCCCAUAACCGCUACUCAGUUCCAAUUAUCCGCCCACAAGCUUUUCGAUGUGGAGACCCGACGCACGGCCAGCGACGAGGAGAAUGAACUGCUGGAUCUGUGUUCCGGCCAGUUUCCGCCGACCCAAACGCAUUCCUCCGCCGCUCCUUCGGUGGAUCCAGCUGUGAUUAGUCAGAUUCCCAUGACACAGUUUGGCGGCAGCAGCCAGGCAGCGGAUGAACUGGAGGGUCUGUGUUCUGGUACCUUCGCAACCCAGUUGCCAUCGCAAGCAACCACUCAACAGCUGGAACAGCAGGAAGAAUCCGAAGUACCGGCAGCAGUAUCGAACAGAAUAGUAUCCAGCGACGAAGAAGCACAGGUGGAUGUCUUGGAAGUCGAUAAGCCAAGAAACAAAAAACUUACCAAGAAAAGGCCAAAGAAAAAGGCCAAAUUAGGCUUCUCGGAUGAUGAAGAUAGCGAUGGUGAAGUUCAGGAAUUCGAGGAGGAAAGUGACGCAGAGCCAGUGGAGGAAAUACCGGAAACCUUUGUAGACUACGAUUCCGAGGAAAAUGAAAUUGUUGUGGAGAUGACUAAGAAGGAUCGUAAAAUACGAGCCGCCAACUUUGUGGACAAAGAAGCAGAGCUGUCUGAAUCCGAAUGGGGAUCUGCCGACGAGGAUGAGAAGAACAUGGACGAGUACGACAUUGAGUUGGGCGACGAAGAUCAGUUCGAUCGUGAUAAACUGCGGCAUGAGCUUGGCCAGAUACAUGCGCGUAAAAUGAUGGAUCAGGAUAUUCGGGAAGUGCGCAAGAUCAAGGAAUUGCUCUUCGAAGAGGAGGAAGAGGGAGCGAAUCGCCAGCGCCAAUUCCGUUGGAAGAACGUGGAGGCCGGAUUCAGUCUAGACGAUAAUCGACCUGACAAUGGUGAAGGAAACGACGGCAGUGGCGAUGAGGAGAACGAGCAUCUGUGGCGAAAAAUACGCUAUGAACGCGAGCAGCUUCUCUUAGAGAAGGGUUUAAAACCGGAGGUGGCCUUACCGCUUUCCACGUCCGUGAUAAACACCAGUAACAAUGGUAAUUCGCCGUCCAUUCGCCGACUGAACAUAAUUUCCUCUAAGAAGACAACCGUGGAGGUGAAGAAAAGUUCUCCAUUCCUGAUCUCAAAAACAAUAGCUGGCAAGCAGCAGAAGAGCGCUGUUCGUGGCUCCUUUCUAGUUCGGGACCAGCAGACGCUCACCAAACUGGCAGGACUCACAAAAGGAACCUCCGGCGAUGUGGACGCCGCGGAGGGGACUAUUUCAGUGAAGUCUGCGAAGGCGAAAAACUUUGUUUUCGCCACGCUAACGGAGGAGGAACACGAGAAUCGAAAGAGAAAAGCUGCCGAUAUACUGAAUAGCAGCACCGAGACUGGGGUAAACUUCAUGAAGAAACCGAAGAUGGAGCCUCGGAGAGACAAGUGCCUAAUAGAUCAGCUCCUUUGAUCGAUUCUUCUUUUGAGCUAAGACUUAAAUGUACAUUUCAAAAGUUAGACUGCUAAGAUAAAUAAUAGGAGUGAAUAAAAAUAAGUUACAUUUUAUAUUUGCUUAGAUAGAAACAGUAUAAAGUGGUUAUACUGCCUUAUAACUGGAAUAUUCCUUA